GGCAUAUUUCCACUGUGCAUAUACUGGCAGCCUACUAGCUUCAUCCACUUCAGAGCAAUUUGGCGUUGAUGGUGAUUUUCUCUAUUGGUGGAAGAGAAGGAAAAAUGGGGGAGCCAACAUGGCUCUCACCUUGAAGAAGCGGGACGUGAAUCCCAAGUUAAAAGGGAAGUGGCUGACUUGUUUCAUGCCUGGGAAAGCAAUUGAAAAAGGCGAAGGGUACUUGAAGGGAGUAAAGUUGGAGUUGGUGAACGCGAGGAAUCAAUUGGAUGGGUUAAAAGAAAUUCAUUUAGGUUCCUCAUCAGGUGAACAUUCAGCAAAGCCAAAUAUUCGGUGCGUGGGUGGUGAGCAAUUUAGUAGGGUAGUUUCAGGAGCUGUUGGUGAAUUCUUUUUCGGAAAGAACGGCUUGGGUGGUCGUAUGAUAUGCCUAGUGGAACAUAAAAAUAGAUACAAGAAGCCUAGCUUUGAUGAGGGACUUCCAUUUAAUUUCCCUUUGCAAAAGAAGAAGGAAGUGAAGAAGUGCACUAGGACCUGUCGUGGGAAGCUGGAGCUCUCGGUGAUAGGAGCUGCACAGAGGUGGUCGGCGCAAUUGGAAGCAUCGUAAAUGAAAAUCUUCUUUUACAUUGGUCCGGGUUGAGUAUGGUUUGCGAUAAUUCGCGAAUUAACUUGAACCUUGAGGACAAGGUUCUUUUGAAGGGGGAAGGAAUGGUGCGUAUAGAUUUAUUAGAGUUUCCAUAAUUUGGAUUAGUUAUUAUUAUUAGUAAUUUUAGGGAGAGAUUAUGGUAGUUGUUUGAGGGCAAUGGGUUGUUGAGAGUCAAUAGGCAUGUCCACCUUAAGUGGAGUUAGAUCAGCAGCAUUCGCAGCUCAACGUGGAUGUUAGCUCCACCUAGUUAGGAUUUUUCUCUUUCAUCUAUGAUGUAUUUAUAUGAAGAACGAAAUGAAUAAUAGGCAAGCAA